UGAUUUCAUAAAGCGUCCACUAAUCAGGACAGAAGGAGACACAAGUGACCAAUCAGAAAAGAGGAGAAGAAAGUGAAGUAGGAGGAGCUAAUGGACCGGGAGACAAACCUGGGACUGUGUGUGAAAACGGUCCAAGUCCUUCUGCCAAAAAAACUUUCCAUGCACGGAUAGGCGCUGGCGCAUCCCCGGAAUCAGCUGCAUCCAAAACAACAGCAACAACAAAACAAAACAGGAACUUCACACUCAGUAGCGUUGAUUAUUAGUCAUCUAAAAGUGGAAUAUAAGUCCCCAGAAGGGUAUUCUGGAAGUCAGGUUUGUGGAAGGAGAGGAUGGACCGAGCGUCAAGCUCCAGCCCCACGGGUCAGACACCUCAGCCUGGCCAACACGAAACCAUCAGCUUCGGCAUCGAUCAGAUCCUCAGUGGCGGAGAGCCAGAGAGCCAAAAACAACGACAACAACAACAACAGCAGCAGCAACAACAACAACAGCAACAACAACAACAGAACUCGACACACAGCAGUCCGGACAGCGCACACGGUCACCGAGCGGCCAGCCCGAGUCCCUACCCUGCUCUCUCGGGCGCGUUUCACGGUUUGGCCGCUCAGUAUGAUGAAUCCGGUGCGUACGGGCCGAACUUCGCUCUGGCGCCCGGCGGUGUGAUCAGAGUCCCGGCGCACAGACCGCUCACCGCCGCCGUGCCGCCAACUGUCCCCGCGCUCAGCGGCAUCGGCUUCCCCUGGAUGGAGAGCAGCCAGCGCUUCGCCAAGGACCGCUUUGCAGCGGCCCUGACGCCCUUCACCGUGGUCGCGCGGCGGAUCGGUCACCCGUACCAGAACCGGACGCCGCCCAAGCGGAAGAAGCCGCGCACGUCAUUCUCGCGCGCGCAGAUAUGCGAGCUGGAGAAGCGCUUCCACCGGCAGAAGUACCUGGCCAGCGCCGAGCGCGCGGCUCUAGCCAAGACCCUGAAGAUGACCGACGCGCAGGUCAAAACGUGGUUCCAGAACCGGAGGACCAAAUGGAGACGGCAGACGGCGGAGGAGCGCGAGGCCGAGCGACAGCAGGCCAACCGUCUGAUGAUGCAGCUUCAGCACGACGCUUUCCACAAGUCUCUGAGCGAUCCGCUGCCGGCCGACCCGCUGUGCAUGCACAACUCCUCCCUGUUCGCCCUGCACAACCUGCAGCCGUGGGCCAGCGACGAGGGCGCCAAGCUCACUGCACUGGCAUGAGACGCCCGCAAUACAAACACCCUGUAUUACCCCCCCACCCCUCCCAAUCACCCCCAUCAACCCCCUCCCUCCCUCCCUCCCUCCCAGCGCCUCGCUCUCUAAUCACCACGCAACUGCAUCUCAAACAACGACGGGACGUUUUCUGUACAGAGCAAAAACGACACCUCCGGAGCGGAGGAUGAGCUCCAAAACGAGCAUACAGACACACACAGAGCUGCUACACAGAGAGACUCAUCUUUCUAUCCAUCAGUUUUUUUUCUCAGUCUAUCUCUCUUUCCAUCUCUCUCUUCAUCAUCUCAUCAUGCUGAGGGAACGCCGCAGAGACACAUAACCGAGGAUAAAUUAUUCAGAACAUGACCUCCCACGGCCCCUACAAUGGGCAAUUUGAACGUAAAGCUAACAAGGACACACACACACACACACACACACACGCACACACACACAUUGAGAGAAGCCUGGGAGAAAAUCAGGACUGCUUACAUUUUAGUAAGGGUCAAGGGCUAUUCUGCUGUUUCAUCUUCAGUUUCUAACAGCUGAGGAAAAUGCACGUCAAGUGAUUUUGACACAUGAUGUUACUAUUUAAUCGAGCAAUCACAAUCUUGAAUUCGUAUGACAUCACCAAACUAGCUAAACUGUGAACACGAUUUAACCUAAAGUUAAAAAAACAAAAACUUAUCGUUAUCGUCUCGUUUUCCGUCAAUCGGCCGACGAAGGAGUGCAAAAUUAUGACGCAAUUACAAGAAUGAACGCUUUAUGUUAUUACACGAGUAAUAUAGCGAGAUAAAAAAAAAUCUAUAAAACUAAUAAAAAAAAUAUUUGAAUAUACUUUACACACUAUAACCUGAGGUUUGCUAGGUUGCUAGCUUGACUGGUCUUAAUCACACAAAAUAGGUGUUAUAUUUAUACAAGUAGCUAUAUUUUAUUACUAUAUACUAGUUAGCGUAAUAUUUACUAGCGUGUUAGCAAACCUGGCUCUACAUUUACUACACAAUUUAUACACAAUAUAAUAGCCUAAAGUUAGCUCUCUUGCUAGCAAACAUGGCUACUGGUUUUAGUUACAUCAUCAAGCUAGGGCUUUCUUUUAAUUAGAAUAUAAUAGUUUGUCCAAAUAGUUAGAUAGUUUAUUGGGGAAGUCGGCUAGCUGCUUAACGUCAAAUCGCUAGUACUAAAGAGGCAACGUUAGCAUUAAGAGAGGCUUGUCUUGGCUGCUAUGGCACUUUUUUUUUUUUUAAGGCAAAAGAGAAUUAGUAAAUACUGUACAAAGCAGGAUUAUUAAUUUUAUUAUAUUAUAUAGAAAUAUCAGCAUGUAAUAUAUAGCUUGAAGUUUCAGGUGCCGUUAUGCUAGUUAUCUGGCUAAUGUUUGUGCAGCGUGCUUGCAGAACUAUUACGUUUCGGAUUCAAACCAGAAUUCUUGUGCUAGGAAAUGAAAAUAAAGUCAAGUGGUGAUGUCAUAGGGUCAAGUUUGCGAGUCAUCGAUCAAAUUCUAACGUUCUGACUCGAGAAAACCACGAUGUGCGUCAGUGACGAUGCUCAUCUCAUUUUCGUUUUAUUUUUAAAUCCUAAGGCAUUAUACGAGAAACGAGGAACAAAUCGUGAGACUCUUAUAAGAGAAUGUCUGUACAUUGCUGAAGGUGUGCCGUGAAGAGAUAAGUUAUAUACAGCGGUGAAUAAAAUGUUUUAAGAUGUUUCUAAAACACUCUCGAUGCAUCCCGGUGAGGUGUAUUAUACAUUCUAUUGUAAUUCAUAUGUAAAUAGCUGAAAAUGUAAUUAAACCCUCCUUUU